AUGUCGGACCGCUGCCUGAACCCCCACUACUACAGCCCGGAUACCAUGAGCACUUCAGCCCGACAAGCAUUUCUGUCCUGGCAUGAGGAACACAAGGGGGGGGUGUUCAAUUUUCAAGACGAGAUGCUGGCCUAUUGCAGAUCGGACGUGGAUAUUCUUCGCCGCUGUUGUCUGGAGUUUCGAGCCCAGUUUUUGGAUGUGGCGAAUGUGGAUCCAUUCCAAUACGUGACCAUUGCGUCAGCGUGUAUGGCAACGUAUCGGAGUGGCCACAUUCAGCCUAACACGAUUGCCAUGGUACCCACACACGGCUACGUCAACUCCACGAAUUACAGCCCUGAUUCGAUCCGGUGGUUGGACUUUGUUGCUGCUUCGGAAGGCAUUGCCAUUCAACAUGCGUUGAAUGGUUCCGGAGAGCACAGAAUCGCCGGAAUCUCGGUAGACGGUUUCUGCCAAGCAACUCAAACAAACCGUCUAUCAGUUUCAGGUGAACAAAUAUUGCGUCUACCCUGUAGGGACAUCCGGAACAAUCAUCACGGAAAGCUUUGGGGAUGUAGAAAAUUACUUUGGACUUAUCCAAUGCCGUGUGAUUCCUCCACGGAACCUCUAUCUUCCGGUACUGCCCUAUCGGUGUAG